UAACAUUUUCAACCAUAACUUUUCAUCAACUUCAUCAAGAACCGCAGAGAAAAUUAAUAAGGAAGCUGUAUGAAGAAGUCACUUACUGCCGCCCUAUCCAUCCAGCAGUCUCUUAAGCGACUCCAAGAUCUUUUGGUCACCAGUUAAUUUCAUUUCGGUAUCGAUAAGGGCAGGUUACUCAUUUCACCACCUUCUUCCUCUUCUGCUUUCUUCUUCUUCUCCUCCUUCAACCUAUUGUUCGUGUCACUACCGCCUCACAAUAACAAGUAGUAAAGGUAUUUUUCCUUUCCACUUUUGGUGCUGUAUUCUACCCCUCUUUUGAUUCAUGAUUUCAUGCCAUCUUUUCACAUGACACGAAUACACCACGAGAAAACUUACGCGAUCGAUCACCUUUGAAAUAGGAGGAUAUAUUUCCUUCAACUAAACACUUUUUCGUCGUAACGAUCAUCGAUUAGAAUCAUUUAUUAACCUCCUACGCCAUCUAGGAAUUCUGAAACUCAUCUGAAGUUCCAAUAGACGGAAUUCCGUCAUUUACCUUUUCCCAUUUCGUGCAGCCAAAGACUUCGGCUCUCAAGGGGCGCUAGCUAAGGGAUUUCAUCUCGAAGCGAGAACUUGACUUUCUUUCCUCCUCAACUCAAUCAUACCACGAUAAUUCAACGCGUACAUCUCCCCUGGGAACAACAUUUGAGAACAUUUGCAUGAUUGCAAACUGCAGAGAAGUACUUUCAAUCCCUUUAAAUUAAAUGAUACAUAGACUAACAAUUUAUUAGUUACCUUGGGAGUGCGAUCGCAAUUGAAAGGAGUCGGGUCGGUCGCAGGAGGCGACGAGCGAGGAAGCUAUGAGCCAACUCAAUUCCCGCCCAACACGCUCUCGUCGUUCCAGUCCUUUUGUUUCCGCACAACGCAACUCGAACUCUUCUCCAGCUACUGCCGCAGAUACAGGUCGAAAAAGAACGUUUAUGGACAAAUGGACGGAACCUCCUAUCCCCACGCCUUUGCCGUCUUUCGCAGAAGCUGGAAUGGAGAGGCACGGAGUGGUCGCAAAUAUGGCACCACUUGGAACGCGACCGAGCGCAAAAGCCGUUAAAUCUUCUGCCAAGUCCGAGGCAGCAGAUGCGAAUGGAAGCAGACCUAAUGGCGUCAUAGAAGUGAUGGAUGAUGCUCCUCCCUCUUUAUCGGCCACACCCCAGGAAGCGAUGGACACUACAGAAUCUAUAUCGAACGUUUCACGACGGGGGUCGACAUCUACAAGGAUCGAGGACACUGAGCAUGCUUUGCCUUCAACUCCGCCACAACCGAGAAGCACGCGGAAAAGUAUUACUAGAUCGAGUGUUGCCCCUCAAAGCGUACGCAACGAAAGCGAAGGACCUAGCAUGUAUGCGACUUCCCCUGCUCAACGCACACCCCUUCCACACGAGUCACCUUCUCUAGCUCCUUCUUAUCAUAAUCACAAGAUGAAUUAUACGUAUGAUGAAAGAGAUGAGGCUCGUCAGCGGGAGGGACGGGCUCGGGCAGCCGAGGCGGCUUUCCGCAGAAAGACUGCUAGGAUGGUGGAAUUAGCUGUAUCCCAAGCCAUCGAGGAGCAGCAUUGGUGUACUGCCUUUGCUCUACGAGAAUUAUUUGACGAGGAUCCAGAGAAUUUUGGUACGCUUGUUGAAAAAGUGGUCUACGAGGAGGCUACAGAGGAGGAGAUUCGGGAUUUUACCAGAUUGAUUUCGCUCAAGAAAAAAGAAGGUAGAAAGGACAAGACCGCUGAAUAUUAUUUCAACGGAGAUGGUAGUGACCCUGCACCUUAUCGACCGCGAAGACCUCAAGCUCCACCGCCGCCACCUGCCCAAGCUAUGAUAUUCCAGCCUUUCAAACCAAUAUUUGAGACACAAAGACCUACGUACUCCUCACCUUAUGCUUCACCAUAUUCCUCGAUAUAUGCUCAGCCACCUCCGCCGCCACCAGCUACUUCCACCAAGAAAGAGACAAGAGCACCAGCAGCUGAUCCUGUUAGGCAUCCAUCAGAUGUUAAACCAUCCUCCGCGUCUGUAUCUCCACGAAAUCAGGGGGAUCAUGCUCUCUAUCCUAAUAAAAAGCACAAAGGAAAUAGUUUUACAGCUACAAAUGAGGAAGUCAACGAUAAGCCAAUUGCGAGUGCAAGUGGCGUCGAUGGAAUCAAGAAGAAGCAACGGAACGGGGUUGCGUCGGCGUCUUCUGGUGCAAUUUUAUCAUCCCCACCAUCCAAAUCGUCGGAUCGUCCGAGAGCAGUCUCAAUCUCGAGCUCUUCAUCAUUAUCAUCAGUUGAUGAACAAAUUCUUGACAAUGAAGAAUAUAGUCCUAUGGAUUUUGACCACGCUCUCAACCAUGCUGGUACAACUAAAUCUUCGAAUGGCUCCGGACGGUCCAAGGGACAGGGUAUUGUUGAAGCGGGUAACGCCAAUGCCAACGCGAAAUUUGGUGCAUCCGUUUCAACCGAGACCCAGUCAAAUGUGGGAGGGUCAAUCAAUCAAAAGCAGCCAAUCAAAUCGAAAGAUUUGUCUAGGUUCGAAUCCGAUACAUUUUCAACCAAGGUAAACAAAACGAAUAAUAAAAGUCGAGCUCUAAACAAAUCUAAAACUUCGUCACCUGCGCCUCCAUCUUUCCAAGCUAUCAAUAUCCCGACCAGAUCUCAUAAUACAACCACAAAUUUAAGUUCUGGUCUAGAUACGGAAAAUAUUCACCCUAACUCAAAUAUGGCACCUGAAUUAAUACGUACCUCAUCGUCUUCCUCUGUUGGAUCAGUACCAAUACUGAAGCCAGUGAUACCUAAAAAGCCACAAAUCGUAUUCAAAUCAAAGAAGAAGCAGGCAAUUGAUCGCCCUACUUAUGAAGAGAGCGAAUUGGUUGGUAAAUGGAAGCGCAAGGCGCGACAAAUUACCAAUGGUAUUACUGAGGACAUACGCACUGAAAGCUUUGUACGUCCACAUAUAGAGCCUAGAAGUGUAACUCCCCCAGUUCGAGCUAUUGAAUACACAUCUGACGGGGGAGAUUCUGUGUCUAUCCCUACCACUGCUGCGACAACUUCUAAUCGUCCCACCAAAACUAUUCGAUUGAUCAAUAAGAACGAACGAGCCAGCAGAAGACAGACCACUACUGCCUCUGUUAACAAUUACGAUUCGGAAAUGAGUUCACCCACCGGACUUGGAUUUCAACCUGAUUUACCUCCUGGAUCAUUACCAAAUUCUCGUGCUGGCACACCCUCAUCUAAUCGACCAUCUAGAAAGGCAAAGAAUGGCACUGGUCUACGUGUCAAAACCUCGUAAGUUUCCAUGCUUUAUUUCAUGUCUUUUGUAUCACGUCAGAUUUCUAUUUCUACAUCCUUUGGAAGGGAGGAACUUUGUAUCUUUUGACUCAUUAGUUUCCCUGGAUCCCUCUAAUCCUCGCCACUUCACACAUUGUUUCAAGUGCACCUGUCGCGUCGUGUCGUAUCCUCAUGUUACACAACAGAUCACCGACGGAACUUCCUUUCACCACGAAUUGCACUUAAACUUUUCUUUCUUCUUUCUUUCUUAUUUAAAUGACCAGAACAAUUCGCUAACAAUUCUUUUCCCUCGCACAGACCAAUGAAGAAAAAGAGUGGCCCUUCAGCUGGUAUCCCAAGAGCGAGCGGUGAGCGGAAUAGUCCAGUUGGAGGUUAUUAUACAAAUCAACAUGUAAGCUAUUUUGUUUUCAAAUAUGUGUAUGAAGUAUCGGCGACGAUGGUGAAAAGGUUAAAUAGAUGAUGUUGCAAAGUUCUUCAUCGCUUUUUGUCACCUUUAGUCACUUUUUCUUUUCCGCUCCACCCUCCUACCCCUUCAUUGCAUCCUCCUCUACAUCUUCUACACUCUUCACAUUUAUCAUCGUUGUCAUCAUUAUCAUCACAAAAUCGUCAUCAUUUUAUUCGAGUCCCUCAUUUUACAUGAUAUUCGAUGAUGAAGUUAUGAUUCGAUGAAAAUGAUGACAUUUUGAUGUAUUCUGAAAUAAAUUUGGUUCUUAUUAUGUUGCAUUGUUGUUUCAAUAAUCAGGAGGCUGGGUACUGCGGACAUUUUGAGAAGAAAAAAAAAGCUGCAGUCCGGGCGGAUAGCAGAUAGCGCAAACUCUGAUAAUAAUCAUGGUGGAUUGUGGAUUAUCUACAUCAGACCCAUUCGUCCUUGCCGAGCCAGAAAAACCCCCACAUAUGAAACCUUUGCCACCUUCACAUUUCAUUAUUCAUCAUCCUAUUAUUGUCAAGAGAGUUUAUUAUGGUUGUAUCGCGAACAACCAAAAAGCUGACAUAUGCUUGAACAGACUGAUGGAGAUAACGAUGACUAUUGUACGUCUUGUGGCGGCAAUGGUAAGUUACUUUGUUGUGACGGAUGCACUCGAUCUUUUCAUUUCAAAUGUGUAGACCUUCCGAGUGAUCCGGAAAGUUUAACAGAUGAAGAAUGGUAUUGUUAUGAAUGCCUUGGGAACAACGUUCCUCGAUCGAAGGAUGAAGAAGUUGGAUUUUUUGGUCCUUUGUUGGCAGAAUUGGAGAGAAAGAAUCCAAGUGCUUUCUAUCUCCCAUUAGCAAUUCGGGAAUAUUUCGAAAAUGUCAAGACUGGAACUGAAGGAGAGUACGAAGAAGGUGUUGUACAAAAGCCAAAGUAAGCUUACCUCUUGUAAUACUCUUGGCCUUUUCUUACUAACCAUCCAUCAGAAAUAAUCGUGGUUAUGAUGAAGCUCCUGAUUACUUCAAACUGAAGGACAAUAAAGGAAAUCCAAUUCUCUGUCAUAACUGUCACCUCUCAGCAUCUCAACCAAGUCGAGCAAUCAUUCCAUGUUCUUAUUGUAGUCUUUCAUGGCAUUUGGAUUGUUUAGAUCCUCCACUUGCGAAAGAACCCCCACCUGGAAAAUCUUGGAGAUGUCCGGCUCAUGUUGAUGAUCUUCUUGAGAAAGUACCAGGAUCUUUAGGUCCAGCUCAUCGUUUCAGGAAGAUCAAGGGGGCUUCACUCAUUAAACCUGUUCUUGCUCGUGGCAUUAGAAAUAAUGGACAUAUUGAGGUUGAAAACACUGCCUCUGAAGAUGAAGAUCAAGGCAGUGGGUUUUACGAGCAGAGAGAGUAUGGACAUGUGUAUAAGCUGCCAGAAGAGGGUAUCAAGCUUGACUUCAUUUCACGGUAUGUAUCCUUUCGGCUGAUGGAUGUUUAUUUACUGAUUAAUUGUAUAGCAUUCAUCGUGAAUUUGGACAGUACAAUCAACGAAGCUUUACCAAUAAUAGGACCUCUAUCCCAAAACCACGAUCACACACCGUCGAUUUCAGCAGACGUGACAUUGAUGAACAACAAGCUGCUCUCAAUCUUGCAUAUCUGGCCACAGCAAAUCCAUCAAUUAAUCUUACGCAAAGUCUAAUUGAUGCCUUAAUUGUAAGUUAUCUCCCAAUUAUCCUUAGAUCUCCAAGCUACGUACCAUAAUGACGUAACACAAACGCUAAUCCAAAAUCCCUUUAGUCCGAAGCCGAUGAACCUGUUAUCAAGUUAAUAGCACAAGGAGAUGCGUCAAAGCUUUCCAAGAAAAAGCCAUUAACUCAAGCUGACAAAUCAUCUUUGGUGGCUAUGACAGCCUUUCUUCAAGAACGUCUGGCUUCUACCGUUAACGAUAGAGAAGUUGAGGAUGGCCGUAUGGAGGUUGAUGAUGAGGAAAGUCUGGUUGGACGUGUUGAUGAUUCUGAUGAAUAGGAAGACUCGUGACUUCACAUCAUUAGAUUCGGAUAUUAUCAGGUCAACUUCAUGUGGUAGAGGGAGUGGGGACUACCAAGACUUGUCACAUGAUAUGUCAUCGCGUGACACCUUUUGGAAGAAUAACGGACAUUGACAUUACAGUCCCUAUCUUCCACAUCGAUUUAUCAAUGACAGGGUGGUAUCUCUGCACCAUAGAAUCAGUUUUUUGAUAGUAAGCAUAGCUCGCUGUGCCGAAAACGAAUAUUGAUUAUUACUUUCUACCCUAUUUUAUUCUAUUUUGCUCUGGCAUGCACUUUUUCAUUUCUAUUAAACCACACUUUUCAAUCUGCGCUAUCUCGAGAAAGAGAGAAAGACGUAAACAAAAAUUAUUUCAUACCUGUAUCAUAAAUCAUAUCAUACGACACAAUUCUUUUUGGGCAAUGCUUAAGAGCAUAUUUGAGAGUGGAGGAUGGGAUCAUUGGUGCAGCAUGGCGUUUGGUGGAGUUUUUUCCUUCUACUUUGUCUUUUUUUUGAGGUGUUUGGGAGAUUUUGAGGAUUUGAGUAUUUGAGAAUUUGCGGGAUACUUGAAUGCGU